UCUUGACUUUAUUGAUAGUGGGAGGAGUAAGUCUGUUGAUAGGAGGCAGUCUCCACUACUUCUCUUCUUGAAUAGACUCGGAGCAGGUUUCAGGACACAGUACUCGGUCCCUUCUUCCUCGCUGCUGUUUGUGACCACCAGGGUACUAUUGCCGAGGCCGAGGACUUCAUCUGGCGGGUCGGCAGUGCGCAUGCACCCAUCGUCCAACAGGAUGGUACUGGGGAGAAUACUGCCAAGGGCAAAGCUGCUCUUUUCUUUGCUGGUCGUGCUGUUGGCUAUCAACACAUGUAACGCAACAUGCCCUAAAGGCCAACAUGAAAGCAACGUUACCAACUCCUGUGCUCCUCUCAAGACUUUCUGCCCAGGCACAGAUAAAGCCGUGUACAGCUGGAUUGCUCUCGCCGGCUUGCCGAGUCAUCCGCAUGUUGACGAGCCAAGCCGCACGCAGAAGACCAAUCUGAGGGAAGCCCGGCAGAUGUGCAGGCGUCGGGGAUACGACGUGGUCAAGUUUGUCGUCUUCACCACACUGGGGUAUGGCGUGCGCCACUGCAUGGAAGCAUUGCUCCACGAGAUGAUGGCGAGCAGUUACAGCAGCCCUAUCACCAUAUGGACGUCAUUCGUGUACCACGGCCAGCAUGUCAUUUACAAGCAGGGCAAGAACAACUUAAGAGAAGCAUUAUUGGAUAGUCAUGGCACAAGCAAACAUGAUGUUAUAUGCGAAGCUAAAUGGCUUCAUGCUAACAACUCGGCAUACGCCGUAGCGACACCGGCAUCGGGGCAUGCCGUCACUCACCAUUUCGCAGAGGAGGCGUGUCAGCAGUACGGACUUCACCUCAUAUCCGAGGACUGGCUGCAAGCACAUGGCCAUGUACUAAGAGAGCGCUGGCUAAAGAGAUUGGCUCUACAGCAUAAGCCUCGGGACGCACCCUUCCACGUCCAACCAAUCCGGGUGAACCGCCACACCCUCUACAGAACCGUAACAUUUAGCAAUUUAGAAAGUCAGUCGUUUCAAAACACCACAACACAUCAGCGGGCGCGAAUCCUCUGUGUCACAUGCAACUGUUUGAACCAGGGUCAGUGUGACGACAAGGGCAAAUGCAUCUGCCCGAAAGGAUUUACCGGGAACAAGUGCCAAACGGAGAUCAACGAGUCGAGUACAGGAUCCGCUAACACUACCCAGGCUGCUACACCCACGACCAGUGGAAUAACCAAACCAACGAGCGACCCAGCCACAACCACUCCAACCGAAGUCGGUGAUGAACAGUGGAGUAUUUUGUAAUUGUAACUAGAUACUCAUAAACCGGGGGGAAUACUACCGACAGCAAGAGUAGAUAAACAAGAGUGUGCAACUCCGGAUCUCUCCUGCACAAUCUGCAGAUACCCCGCGCCCACGGCGGAAUUUUUUGUUUACGUCACCUUUUUUCAGAGAAACGCGGCUUUGCCGCAGAGCAGUGUGAGAGCACGUGCUGGGCACCGACCUUGCAGUGUAAAGCCCAGCCAAGUGCACGAGGGAAAACUCUCCAAAAGGCUCGCAGCGCGUGCGUCGUCGAAAAGAUUACGUCAACAAAAAAUUCCGCCGUGGGCCAACCCAUGCGGAGUUGCACACUCUUGUUUAUCUA